AUGCCUCUCUGGCAAAUCUAUCACCCGCACGGGACAUUCGAAGACAAUGCAUCCAAACAGGCCUUCGCAGCAGACAUCACCAAAAUGUACAUCGAACUGGGUCUCCCCGCAUUCUACGUGGUAGCUCAAUUCCACAAAAUGGAUAACGAUGACGUGUUCAUCGGCGGAAAAGCCAAGACAGCCACCGAGAGCCCAUUUGUUCGUGUCGUGAUUAACCACGUCGCGAUUCACGUUCCCGAUGCCGAUACUGCGUAUUUACGCACCACUUCUCGUCUUGACGCAGUCAUGAAGCCUCAUAUUCUGGAUAAGGGGUAUGAUUUGGAGUAUCAUGUUGAUGAGACGGAGAGACGCCUUUGGAAGAUUAAUGGGUUGAUUCCACCGCCUUUCAAAAGUGAUGAGGAGCAAACUUGGGUGCGGGAGAAUAGGGCGUUGCCAUAUAAGGGUGCUUAUCCACCUAAUUUGGAUAAUGUUUCUCUGUGA